AUGGGAGGUUUGAAUCUAAUAGUAGCUUUCCAGAUGUGCAUUGAAGGAGAAGAGUUUAAAGAUUGCAAAAAUUGGCCGUUGAUGGGUUUAGAGGAAAUUAUGACACGGCAUGAAUUCUUGCAAAAGACGGGGAAAUACUUAACACCUGAUCCAAAACAUCCCCAAAAGAAAAUGGAAAAUCCUCGAUUACACCAGAUUCUUGACUCGAAUGAUGAUCAUUUUGCCACGCAGGUUGCUGGUGUCACAAUAGAGGAAUGGACAAUUUAUCGUGCAUUUGCUAAGAAAAUCUCGGAACGCUCAGAUAAGGAACGUCCUUAUGAGAGAGUGAAACCAUCGUUGAGAAAAGCCUAUGAACGACGAAGAAAAGAGGCAAAGAUAGUGGAAGACCACGUUUUUGAUGUAUCUGCGCCUCGUUCACGUUGA